GUUAUCAUUAUCGGCAAAUUUUAAGUAGUGAAAACUUAAAACAGCGUGGCUGCUGGCUAUAGCUAUACAAAACAUCCUAAUAUUAAUAUUAAUAUUAAGCUCUUAUUUUCAAAUAAUUCAUUAAAACUAUCAUUAUGGGCAACGUACAAGCAUCUUCUAAUUUACCACCAAUGCCUCCAAAUAUGACGCCGGUACCUCCUCCAGGAGAACCACAAAAAAAACUGCCUGAACAGCGCAUUGAAAAUCCCGGUUCUGUCGAAGAACUACACAAGAAAUGCAAAGAAAUAUUUCCUUUGACGUUUGAAGGUAUUCGUCUCGUAAUCAACAAAGGACUUAGCAAUCACUUUUUUGUCAGCCACAGUUUACUGAUUGGACCAACAAGCCAAAAUUCAGGCUAUAAAUUUGGUUCAACAUUUGUCGGUACUAAUCAAAUCAGCCCUGGGGAUUACAGUCCUUUAUUGAUGGGAGAUAUUGACCCUCGAGGUAAUUUAUCUACCAACAUAAACAUACAGCCAUGGAAUAGAGUUAAAUUGAAACUUCAUACUCAAUUCCAAGAGUUCAAAACGAGUGGAAUUCAAACAUCAGCCGAAUACAGGGCAGACAGAUAUACAGCAUCUCUAUGCCUAGUCAAUCCCGAUCUAUUAAAUUAUACUGGAGUGUAUAUGUCACAUUUCUUAUAUGCAUUGAACAAUACUACUUCUGUGGGUUGUGAAAUAGUUCACCAGCGUGGCCCUCAAAUUCCAGCUGGACAAAUUACGCUUUGUAAUAUUUUAGGAAGAUAUUUGUAUGAUGAUGCUACUACAAUCACUGCGUCACUAGGUUUAUCGGGCUUGCAGUGUUGUUACCAUUACAAAGCCAGUGAGCAACUACAGUUUGGGGUAGAUAUUGAAGGCAGCCUUUUACAACGAGAUAUUAAUGCAACUAUUGCAUAUCAAGCUCAAAUUCCAAAAUCUGAUAUUAACAUUAAAGGUAGUAUAGACAGAAAGUGGAACAUUAGUACUACAUUGGAAAAACGAUUAAAUCCAAUGCCAUUCACACUCGCUUUAAGUGCAGUGUUUUGUCCUGUCAAGCAUCAAUUGAGAACAGGAAUUGGAUUUUUUGUUGGUUAAAAGAUGUUUCGCUAUGUUAAUUGUAGUCGUGCAAAUUUGAAGAAAAAAAAUUUCAUUUUUAUUUGUUAUUAAUAUGUUAAUAAAUAUGUUUAUCAAU